GGUGACAGUGACAUUUGGCCGCCUGAUUAACACAAAUAUUUGAUAGUUUAAUUUUGAUAUGAAUUUUGAGUUCGCUUACCUGAUUGUCGAGAUUGAUUUACACUAGCUGAUUAAAAUAAUUACUCAAUAGUGAAAAUUACGAUCCCAGUUCCAAAGGGUAAAAUUCAAUGAUAAAUUAUUAUGAAUUUUGACUUUUUACUUUUCUACAAAAACAGGUUAAAAAAUGUUCAGAAGCAGAAGUUGGUUUGGAGGAGGAUGGGGCAGGCCAAAAAAUUUACAUUCCUUAGAACACUUGAAGUACCUGUACAAUGUUUUAUCUAGAAAUCAAACAGUCUCAGAGCAUAACAGAGGGCUGUUGGUGGAAUCUCUUAGGUCUAUAGCAGAGAUACUUAUCUGGGGUGAUCAAAAUGAUUCUUCAGUUUUUGAUUUCUUCUUGGAAAAGAAUAUGCUGUCAUUUUUUCUAAGAAUAAUGCGCCAAAGAAGCGGAGGAGGAAGCUAUGUGUGUGUUCAACUUUUGCAAACCCUGAAUAUCCUUUUUGAAAAUAUACGAAAUGAGACAUCAUUAUAUUACUUAUUAUCAAACAACCAUGUGAAUUCCAUAAUUGUACACAAGUUUGAUUUUUCGGAUGAAGAGGUUAUGGCCUAUUACAUAUCGUUUUUAAAGACACUAAGUUUAAAACUAAAUGCCCACACUAUUCAUUUCUUCUACAAUGAGCAUACCAAUGAUUUCCCACUGUACACAGAGGCUAUCAAAUUUUUUAACCAUCCAGAAUCUAUGGUAAGGAUAGCAGUGAGGACUCUAACUUUAAAUGUAUACAAAGUUGAAGAUGUCAGUAUGUUGGCAUUUAUUAGGGAUAGAACAGCUGCACCCUAUUUCUCAAAUAUAGUAUGGUUCAUUGGUAAACACAUUCAAGAAUUGGAUUCUUGUGUUAGAAAUGAUGCAGACCAUCAAUCACAAAACCGCUUAUCAGACUUAGUGGCAGAACAUUUGGACCAUUUGCACUACCUGAACGACAUAUUAUGUUUGAAUAUCACAGACCUGAAUCACGUAUUGACUGAUCACUUGCUCCACAAAUUGCUCAUUCCAUUAUACAUAUAUUCUUUAUCGUCUAACCGAAGGAGGACGUCUUCUAACGAGGUGGUAGUUCAAGCGAUUGGCAAAACAUCUUUGACGCCGAAGAGCUCACAGAAUAGCAGUCCAAAGGUUCAUGAUAUAACCAAUGGCAAAGUAUCCUGCGUCGUAGCCCUAUUUCUCCUAUCGCAAGUAUUCCUUAUCCUCUCGCACUCACCUUUAGUACAAACACUAGCCUGGAUAAUCCUAAAAACCGACCGAACGGUUUUCGAAAACGGCGUGGACAAACUUUUGGAAUACUAUGAAAAAAUAAAAGAAAGGCAAAAUUCCGAGGACGAAGCUUCGGGAAGUGUGCCCAGUGAUAGGGAAAGUAGUAGUUCCAAGGAGAAUAUCGUGGACGAGCAGACGAACACGAACGUUACCGACGAGGAGAAGCAGAGGAUGGUGAUCCCUGCCGAUGGGGCUGGAAUAACAAACUUUCCUUUUUUAGAGACUGUUUAUGAGGCUCUAGACUGUACGGAGAACGAUUACGCUGCCUUGUUUGGGUUGAGUUUGUUGUACGCAAUGGCCAAUAAUGCAGGUAUAACUUCAGAUAUCACCGAGCAAGUCCUACGACCGAAAAAAUCGUUCAUUUCUAAAUCCUCGUCAGCAUCGAAAGACGUCCGGUACACCUACAACACCUUCUUAGUAGAAAAGAUGCUGCAAAUAAUAAUCUUCUCGUGCCAACCGUCUUGUAGAGUACGACUAGUCACCCUAGAACUCGCCUUAAAGCUGUUCAUACAACUCACGGUGUGUGAUGGCAAGACUGUAUUGUCAGAAUCUCAUAGGAAUACAAUAGAAACCGCGAGGGUGCAAAGUAUGGCGCUGUUAAGGAAUUUUUAUAAGAGUGAAGAAAUUUUUCUCGAUAUGUUUGAACAUGAAUACUGUGAUAUGUCAAAAGGUUCUUUAAAUGUCGAAUGGCUGUGUAUGGAUAGUGCAAUUUUAUUGCCUCCAACUGGUACUCCCAUGACAGGGAUAGAUUUUACAAAAAGACUGCCGUGUGGUGAGGUAGAGCGAGCCAGAAGGGCUAUACGAGUCUAUUUUCUCGUACGUAACUUGGUGCUAACGUUAAACGGAGAAGUGGAAUCCCAACUGCCGUUGACUAAUCCACAGAGCUGCGUCCAAAUCGAUCAAGCGCUGGACCUGAGUAUAACUCACAAUUCUGAUCUGAUUGCCUGCACGGUGAUGUACAAGGACGGUACAAAAAUGAGGCGAUUUUUAGUGAUCGACAUUUUACAGUUGAUACUUGUAGAGCCAGACACUAAGAGACUAGGUUGGGGAGUGGCCAAACUAGUGGGGUUUUUACAAGACAUAGAAGUUACUGGAGACAAAGAUGAUUCUAGGUGCUUACACAUUACAAUACACAGGCCAAUAUCGGGUGCUAGUACGAACAGAGUACCGCUUCUCAAUGCCAAAUUCUUAUUUGACGAUAAUAUUAGAUGUAUGGCUGCCAAACAACGACUUACCAAGGGUAGAAUAAAAGCGCGCCAAAAGAAGAUGCAACACAUAGCUCGGCUUUUGGAAAUUCCCGGGCAAUCCGGACCACCAAGUCCUGCCUUUGCAGGACAAGGAGGUUCCUAUACUCGUUCUACAGUGAGAUUAGCCAGGAUAGAAAAUAGGGCGCUGUUCAACAUCAACCGGGGACCGGGAUUGGCUGCUCCACGAAGGGAGAGCUCCCCUGGGGUGAUCCAUAGGGCGGAUGAGUCCAUCAGGAGACACAGAGAGGGCGAGAGUCCGAACAGGAGCGGCAAUAAUCUCAAAAAAGAAAAUGGUAGAAAAGAUUCACGGUCGAGGGAAAGCUCUGGAAGUAGGGGCCGAUCGAGGGAGGGCUCGCCGAGGAUGCCGAGGCCGAGAUCUGAAGAAAUUCCUUUGGAGUUAAUCAAGAAAGCUCCGAGUUCCAUUAUUGAUAUGGCUCCUAAAAUUACUAUUAUGCCGAGACCUCAAACUCCACGAACUGUGAUCGAAUGCGAACCCUCAACUUCGAGCGAACAACUGGUCGGGGCGGCAGCCAAAGACGCGAUCAAAACUGAAGCUUCGAGGGAAACUUCUUUUAUAGCCGAAGAAAAUGGGGAGGGGAACGAAGAGAGUUUAUAGGUAGAUUUUAUUUUUGCAACGAUUUAUACGCUUAAGCAGCAGCUUAUCAUUGUACAGUGUUUUGUCAUAUUUGUAUAUAAUGAGAAAAUAUAUUAAAUAUUAAGAUGGA